UUCAAACUACGUAAGCCUGGAGUGCGCUCCGUGGAUCCACCGGCACUAUGGAGACGCAGUCUUUUUCCACGAUGAAACUUCCAACAUGAAGGAUAAGAGUGGAACGCGACGCAGGGAGUGGGAAGGCUUCCUCGGAUGAGUUUCACUGCAAUUCACUGGGAUUUGUUAUUUGCCAAGUAUGGUGCUGUGGAGCGCGUGGAUUUGGUUUUUGGUCCUGCUCACCGCGCCGCCCGUGGCGUGCUUGCAGCUUCACCUCACGGAGUCUUUACUACCCGGGAACGUUUUGGCGAACCUGUCCGCUGGACCGGGAUGGACGCAUAAACUUGACUGGUCUCCCGAAUCCACACGGAGUCUUUUCCAAAUCGGCAAGCACAGUGGAAUUAUUGAACUGUCUCGAAGUGUGGAGUGUGCGCGCACGCGUGUCAACCCCGCGCCCGUGCACUUCAGAAGCACCUCAUUGACUUCUGGAGAUGUGAUCCUAACGCAUUUGAACGUGUUCGUCCACGGACAGGACUGCUUUAUCAAAUACAGGAGAAAGACAUUUCAAAGCAAGCCCGACAUCCAUAUUAAGCAUAAUUUAAACCUGGAGGAAACUUCUUGUCUUCUUGCGGGUGAUUUGCUGUUCAAUGCUGCAGAACUUUUGCCUUCUUUAAUAACAAGCGACUUUUUGGACACAAUGUGCAUGGGACAACGUUCGGCUGCACUGUUUAGACAUGGGGCUUUGUUUCUCGCUGAUAACUUGUGUCCCGAGAGCAUGAGAGCGCAGCCCGAAGUGGAUUUGGAAUGUCUCCUGCGCACCUCUGGAGGCAGCCGGCUCAGCCUGCUGCUCACAUUGCGGUUUGGAAAAUUGCCUAGACAUGGAUCUGUGUCGGAAACCGUUCACGGGGAGUCCACCCGAAGAGGUAAGCGGCAGGUGAACGCGUCCCCGCAAUUCCAGCUUCCCAGCUACCAAGUGUCUGUGCCUGAAAAUGAACCAGCCGGGACACAGGUCAUCACCCUCAAAGCCACCGACCCAGAUGACGGCGAGGCAGGUAGGCUGGAGUACAGCAUGGAAGCCGUGUUUGACAGAAGGUCCAAUGACUUUUUCACAAUUGACUCUCAGACGGGCAGCAUCACAACCAUUCAUGCGUUGGACAGAGAAGUCAAAGACACGCAUGUCCUUAAAGUGACUGUUAGUGAUAAUGGCACGCCAAGAAGAUACGCCAUCUCUUACCUGACCGUCACUGUGAGUGACACCAACGAUCACAGCCCCGUGUUUGAGCAGGCGGAGUACCGAGUUCGUAUACGGGAGAAUGUAGAAGUGGGUUUUGAAGUGAUGACCAUCCGGGCUAAUGACGAGGAUGCCCCCGCCAAUGCUAAUAUGAUCUAUAAAAUUGCCAGCGGCGACAACUCCAUCUUCGAGAUCGACCCACGGAACGGCCUGGUGAGAAUCCGAGAGCGGCCCGACAGGGAGACCAGGGCGUAUUACCAGCUGACAGUCGAGGCAGACGACCAGGGUAAAGAACCGUGUCCCCGCAAAGCCACCGCCACCGUCCACAUCAUUGUGGAGGACGAAAAUGACAACUACCCUCAAUUCAGUGAAAAGAGGUACGUCGUGCAGAUCCAAGAGAACGUGGCCAUCAACACCAAAGUCAUCCAAGUGGAGGCGACAGACAAAGACCAAGGGAACAAUGCUAAAGUUCAUUACAGCAUCAUCAGCGGCAAUGUUAAAGGUCAGUUCUACAUUCAUUCCCCAAGUGGCGUGAUUGACGUUAUCAACCCUCUGGACUAUGAAAUGGUUCGGGAGUAUAAUCUGAGGAUUAAGGCACAGGAUGGUGGAAGGCCUCCUCUGAUCAACGGCACUGGGAUGGUGGUAGUCCAAGUGGUGGACGUGAAUGACAAUGUCCCCAUGUUUGUCAGUACACCUUUCCAAGCGACUGUUUUGGAGAAUGUCGCCGUCGGGUACUCCAUCAUCCAUAUUCAAGCGAUCGAUGGCGAUUCGGGGGAGAACGCUCGGCUGGAAUAUCGUUUGACAGACACCGUUCCUGGUUUUCCGUUCACCAUUAACAACAGCACCGGGUGGAUUACAGUAAGUGAAGAGCUGGACCGGGAGACCACUGAGUUCUACAGCUUUGGGGUGGAGGCGAGAGAUCACGGAGUCCCUGUGAUGUCGUCCUCUGCCAGCGUCACCAUCACGGUACUUGACGUUAACGACAACGUCCCCACGUUCACGGAGAAAGUCUACUCGCUGAAGAUCAACGAGGACGCCAUCGUGGGGACAAGCGUGCUCACGGUGACCGCUCUCGAUCGGGACGUCAACAGUGUGGUGACUUAUCAGAUCUCCAGCGGCAACACCAGGAAUCGCUUCGCCAUCACUAGCCAGAGCGGUGGUGGUCUCAUCACUCUCGCUCUCCCCCUGGACUACAAACAGGAGCGCCAGUAUGUGUUGACAGUCACAGCCAGUGACGGAACCCGAGCGGACUCUGCGCAGGUGUUUAUUAACGUGACAGACGCCAACACACAUCGGCCCGUCUUCCAAAGCGCCAACUACCAGGUGAUGCUCAACGAGGAGCAACCGGUGGGGUCCACCGUGGUGGUGAUUAGCGCGACGGAUGAGGACACGGGAGAAAAUUCUCGCAUCACGUACAUUAUGGAGGACAGCGUCCCUCAGUUUAAAAUCGACCCGGAUACCGGCGCUAUCACCACCCAAAUGGAGAUAGACUAUGAGGACCAGGCUUCCUUCACCUUAGCCAUCAUCGCUAAAGACAAUGGCAUCCCUCAGAAAUCCGACACCACCUAUGUGGAGAUUAUCAUCGAGGAUGCUAACGAUAAUGCUCCUCAGUUCCUUCGAGACAUGUACCAGGGGAGCGUGUUUGAAGAUGCACCUAUCUACACCAGCGUCCUCCAGAUUUCUGCUUCUGAUAGAGACUCCGGUUCCAAUGGCAGACUGAGCUAUACAUUCCAGGGUGGUGAUGAUGGAGAUGGGGAUUUCUUCAUUGAACAGUACUCCGGUAUCAUCAGAACUGCUCGCAAGCUGGACCGGGAGAACGUUCCUGUUUAUGACCUCAAGGCCUUUGCUGUGGACAGGGGAGUCCCGCCUUUAAAAGCAGCUGUUCCCAUACGUGUGGUAGUCCAGGAUAUCAAUGACAAUGCACCAGUGUUUGAAAAGGAUGAGCUUUUCAUUGAUGUAGAGGAGAACAUUCCCGUCGGGUCCGUUGUAGCUCGGAUUACCGCAACAGACCCUGACGAUGGCACAAAUGCUCAGAUAAUGUACCAAAUAGUUGAAGGCAACUUUCCAGAGAUUUUCGAGUUGGACAUUUUCAACGGCGACCUCGUCUCCCUCAUCGAUCUUGAUUAUGAAACCAGAACAGAGUACGUCAUCGUGGUCCAAGCCACCUCGGCGCCGCUCGUGAGCCGGGCCACCGUACACAUUCGUCUGAUGGACAUGAAUGACAACCUGCCGGUGCUGAAGGACUUUGACAUCAUUUUCAACAACUACAUCACCAACAAAUCCAACAGUUUUCCAUCAGGAAUAAUCGGGAGAGUACCGGCUCAUGACCCGGAUGUGUCGGAUAAGUUGCGGUACACCUUUGAAUCCGGGAAUGAGCUCAAUCUGCUCUUGCUAAAUGAGGACACGGGAGAUCUGCGUCUCAACAAGGCCCUGGACAAUGACAGGCCGCUGGAGGCACCCAUGAUCAUCUCCGUCACCGAUGGUCUCCACACCACCUCGGCCCUCUGCACUCUCCGCGUCACCAUCAUCACCGACGACAUGUUGACUAAUAGCAUCACGGUGCGCUUGGAGAACAUGUCCCAGGAACGUUUCCUGUCGCCUCUACUCGGUCUCUUCGUGGACGGCGUGGCGGCGGUGCUCUCCACCAGGCCCGACGCCGUCUUCGUGUUCAACAUCCAGAACGACACGGACGUGCAGGGCUCCAUCCUCAACGUCACCUUCUCGGCUAUGCAGCCCGGUGGAGUCCCCGGGAAGGGGACCUUCUUUCCUUCGGAGGAACUGCAGGAGCAGAUUUACCUGAACAGAACUCUGCUCAGGCUUAUAUCAUCUCAGGAGGUUCUGCCGUUCGACGACAACAUUUGCCUGCGGGAGCCCUGCGAGAACUACAUGAAGUGCGUGUCGGUGCUCAAGUUCGACAGCUCGCCGCCCUUCAUCGCCUCCAACACGGUUUUGUUCCGACCCAUCCACCCCAUCAACGGGCUACGUUGCCGCUGCCCCGUCGGCUUCACGGGCAACUACUGCGAAACGGAGAUCGACCUUUGCUACUCGGGGCCUUGCAAGAACAACGGCCGGUGUCGAAGCCGCGAGGGCGGCUACACCUGCGAGUGCCGGGAAGACUUCACCGGCGAACACUGUGAAGUGAACGCCUCGUCGGAUAGCUGCGUCCCAGGCGUGUGCAAGAACGGCGGCGAAUGUGUCAACAAAAUGGCCGGCGGGUUCACGUGCCGGUGUCUGCCCGGCGAGUACGAGAAGCCGUACUGUGAGAUGACCACGCGCAGCUUCCCCGGACAGUCCUUCGUCACCUUCAGGGGUCUGCGGCAAAGGUUUCACUUUACCGUCUCGCUCAUGUUCGCAACACGAGAACGAAACGCGUUGCUCCUCUACAACGGCCGAUUCAAUGAGAAACACGACUUCAUCGCUUUGGAAAUCAUCGACGAGCAGAUUCAACUCACCUUCUCUGGAGGUGAGACCAAGACCACCGUGUCCCCCUUCAUCCCAGGUGGUGUCAGUGAUAGUCAAUGGCACUCAGUGCAGCUCCAUUAUUACAACAAGGACGGGGGGAGUCUGGUGGACUCCAGCGGGCUUCUGCGGCUCCCGCUCUAUACUGCCUGGCUGGAGCUUACGCAGAAGGAGCCCAACAUAGGGCGCCUGGGGAUCCCCCACGGACCAUCCGGAGAGAAAGUGGCAGUGGUUGCCGUUGACGACUGCGACAUCUCCAUGGCGAUCCGAUUCGGGAAGCAGAUUGGGAACUACUCGUGCGCCGCUCAAGGAACGCAAACCGGACAGAAAAAAUCGCUGGACUUGACCGGGCCGCUGUUACUCGGCGGCGUCCCCAAUUUACCCGAGGACUUCCCGGUGCGAAAUCGGGAUUUUGUGGGCUGCAUGAGGAACCUGAGCAUCGAUAGCAGGGCCAUAGACAUGGCGAGCUACAUCGCUAACAACGGCACCACAGCAGGUUGCCCUGCAAAGAGAAACUUCUGCACACCUGGUGUGUGUAUAAACGGAGGCGUGUGUGUCAGCAAGUGGAACACGUACAGCUGCGAUUGUCCCACUGGCUACGGCGGGAGGAACUGCGAACAAGUGAUGCCGUCACCUCAGUUCUUUGACGGCAAGGCGAUGGUAUCGUGGAGCGAGCCGGACAUCACCAUCGCGAUCCCCUGGUACAUGGGCCUCAUGUUCCGGACGCGGCAACCGGCCGGGACCUUGAUGCAAGCCAACGCCGGCCCCUCUUCCACUAUCAGCCUCAUGGUGAGCGAGCAACAGGUGAGAAUGGAAGUGCUGCUCAUGGAACAGAUAGUGGCGUCGCUGAGCUUUCCGCAAGUUCGAGUCAACGACGGGGAGUGGCACCACCUACUGGUGGAGCUGAGAAGCGUGAAGGAUGGCAAGGCGCUCCGAUACGUGGCGGCUGUUUCUUUGGACCACGGAAUGUACAAGAAGUCAGUGGUGAUCGGGAACGACCUUCCGGGUUUGAAGCUUCAAACUCUUCAUGUCGGAGGUUUGCCUGGAGAGGGAAACCACGUCAGGGAAGGAUUUGUCGGCUGCAUACAGGGCGUCCGCAUGGGCGAGACGUCCACCAACGUGGCCAACGUGAUCAUGUCUCGCGGCUUGAAAAUCCGCGUGGAGGAGGGCUGCGACCUGGCCGACCCGUGCGACGCCAACAUCUGCCCCGAGAACAGCCACUGCAGCGACGAUUGGAGUACGCACACGUGUGUGUGCGACCCAGGCUAUUUUGGAAAGGAGUGCGUGGACGCCUGUCAGCUCAACCCGUGCGAGCAUGUUUCCACCUGCGCUCGCAAGCCCAGUUCCUCUCAUGGUUAUACUUGCGAGUGUGGUCACAACUACUACGGGCAGUACUGCGAAAACAAAGUGGAGAAAUCGUGUCCUCAAGGUUGGUGGGGCAGUCCCGUGUGCGGCCCCUGCGGUUGCGACAUCAGCCGGGGAUUUCAUAACGAUUGUAACAAGACGACGGGAGAGUGUCGCUGUAAGGAGAAUCACUACCGGCCGGAAGGAGAAGACACCUGCUACCCGUGCGACUGCUUCUCUGUCGGUUCCGAGUUUCGAACCUGCGACCCGCUCACGGGCCAGUGCCCCUGCAAGGGCGGCGUGAUCGGCCGCCAAUGCAACCGUUGCGAUAACCCCUUUGCUGAAGUCACACCCAACGGAUGCGAAGUGGUGUAUGAAGGCUGCCCCAAAGCGUUUGACUCCGGGAUUUGGUGGCCCAAGACCAAAUUUGGACGCCCGGCCGCCAUGAACUGUCCCAAAGGUUCUAUCGGCACGGCCAUUCGCCACUGCAGCGACGAAAAAGGCUGGUUGUCGCCCGAGCUGUUCAACUGCACCGCCGCUUCUUUCGCUCAGCUCACAAAACUGGUGAUUACUUCGCAAAAUAAUGAAGAGCUACGUCGAAAUACCUCCAGGAUGGAUGGCGAGCGGUCGAAGAGAAUCGUGCGCUUGCUCCACGGCGCCACCAACGAAGCCAGGAGCUACUACGGAAAUGACGUGAAGACGGCCGCCCAGCUGCUGAAUCACGUGUUGCAGUUCGAGAGCCGCCAGGCGGGAUUCGACCUCACAGCCUCCAAAGACGCCGAAUUCAACGAGAAUUUGGUCCGAGCCGGAAGUGCCAUCCUGGACCCGGACACGAAAGCGCACUGGGAGCAAAUCCAGAAGACAGACGGCGGCACUGCCCACCUGCUUCGGAAUUUUGAGGAUUAUGCAAACACUCUUGCGCGGAACGUGAGGAAAACCUACCUAAAACCCUUCACCAUUGUCACGGACAACAUGAUAUUUUCCGUGGACUACCUGGACGUGUCGGACCCCCAGAAGGCGACAUUCCCCCACUUCCAUGACAUCGAUGAAGAAUAUUCCGAAGAGCUCGAAUCCUCUGUUCACUUCCCUCACUUCAAUCUACUCGGUCAGCGACACAAAGCGGAGCCGACGACGGCGCCUGCAGCCCAGACCGGGACCCCCCUCGUGGAGGGCCACACCUCCUAUGACAGGAGCCGGCGUCAUCUGGAGUCCACUAUCCAUCUCCCGGUUGCCGUGGUGAUAGUGUACAAAUCGCUGGGGAAGCUGCUUCCGGAAAGAUUUGACCCGGAUCGCAGAAGUCUAAGAGUCCCGAACCGCCCGGUGAUCAACACAGCAAUUGUAAGCGCCACGGUCCACAGCGAGGGUCCCCCUCUCCCGUUGGUCCUGGACCCUCCCAUCACUCUGGAGUACUCGCUGCUGGAGACAGAGGAGAGGACCAAGCCCGUCUGCGUCUUCUGGAAUCACUCCAUCGCGAUCGGAGGGACGGGUGGUUGGUCCUCCAAAGGUUGCGAGGUGCUUGAGAGGAACAUCAGCCACAUUAGCUGUCAAUGUAACCACAUGACCAGCUUUGCUGUUCUCAUGGACGUGUCCAAACGAGAGCACGGCGAUGUUCUCCCCCUGAAAAUCGUCACCUACGCCACGGUGUCCGUCUCCCUGUUCCUGCUCCUGCUCACCUUGAUCCUGCUGUGCCUGCUCCGCCGACUGCGCUCCAACCUGCACGUCAUUCACAGGAACCUGGUGGCGGCGCUCUUCUUUUCCGAACUCGUCUUCCUGCUCGGGAUCAAUCAGACGGACAAUCCGUUUGUUUGUACAGUCAUCGCCAUCCUCCUGCAUUAUUUCUACAUGUGCACCUUUGCGUGGAUGUUCGUGGAAGGUCUGCAUAUCUACCGCAUGCUGACCGAGUUGCGCAACAUCAACCACGGCCACAUGAGGUUCUACUACGCCAUGGGCUGGGGCAUCCCGGCGAUCAUCACCGGUUUGGCUGUCGGCUUGGACCCUCAAGGUUACGGGAACCCCGAUUUUUGUUGGCUGUCUGUGCACGACACGCUCAUUUGGAGCUUCGCGGGACCCAUCUUUGUCGUGGUCUUGGUGAACAUUGUGAUCUUUAUUUUGGCUGCCAAGGCUUCCUGUGGUCGCAGGCAGAAGGCGGUUGAAAAGUCAGGCGCUAUCCCAGCACUACGCAUGGCCUUCCUACUGCUGCUACUCAUCAGCGCCACCUGGCUGCUCGGCCUGAUGGCAGUCAACAGCGACGUGCUUACCUUCCACUACCUGUUUGCCGGUUUCAGUUGUCUGCAGGGCAUCUUCAUUUUCUUCUUCCACAUCCUCUUCAACAAAGAUGUGAGAAAGCAUCUCAAGAACAUCUUCACCGGGAAGAAAAGCCUCCCGGAUGAGACAGGCACCACACGGGCUUCUUUGCUCACACGCUCCCUCAACUGCAACAACACGGACGACGGGCUCAUCUACCGCGCCGCCGGGGGCGAGUCCAACGUUUCUCUGGACAGCACGCUCAGGUCAGGAAAGAGCCGCAGCAGCUACCUGGCUUACGCACUCAGGAGCAGGGAGGAGUCGGGCCAGAAGCCCAGCGUGUCAUCCGGAACGGCCAAAGGACACACAGAUCUUGAUGGACCUCUCUUCCGAAGAAGUGGCUCCAAGGCAGAUGAUUCUGACUCGGACAGCGAGCUGUCAUUGGAGGAGAACAGCUCCUCCUACGCUUCGUCUCACUCGUCCGAUAGCGAGGAUGACGACAUCGACGUCAAGCCCAAGUGGAACAACGAGAGGCAGCCGGUUCAUAGCACACCGAAAGGUAGAGUGGACUCGGUGUCCAAUCACGUGACGCCGUACUGGCCGACGGACGCCACCACGGCCAGCGACAGCGAGGAACCCGGCGCUCCGGAGAGGCUGCGUGUGGAGACCAAGGUGAACGUGGAGCUGCACCCGGAGACCAAGAUCAACCACAUCGGAGAGCAGGACAGGCUGGAGACACCUCAGGACCGAGACAAGCAGGCGCCCGUCAAGGAGGUCAUGACGCCGACCGGUCAGACAAACAGCAACCACCAGCCGGAACAAAGAAAAGGGAUCCUGAAGAACAAGAUCAGCUACCCGCCCCCCCUGACCGACAAGAACAUGAAGAACCGUCUCCGGGAGAAGCUGAGCGACUACAACUCGCCCACCAUCACCUCGCCGCCACCAAACUACAACACGGCCGCCUCCCCGUCUCCAACGUCAGUCAACAUCAUGGCGCCGUCGUCCCGCCGGGCUUCGCUGGCCUCCAGCGACGGCGGUCGUCCCGGCAACAACGGCUCGCUGGUCAAACCGGCCGUGCCGCCACGACCGCAGAUCGCCAUCAGCUCGUCGCCGGCGGGCGUCUAUCGGGACACUAACGGCGGGAUGGCCAUGCACUUGAAGUCGGGGGCGGUCAACGGCGGCAACGGCACAGACUCAGAGGACAUCCAGACCAGCCCACCAUUAUGAGAAGAGGAGACGGGACCCGGGGAGACCCGCGUCAUCUCUCGGUGGCCUUUCUCCGGAGAUCAGUAUUAGCCAGUAGAAGGAAAGAAGGAACGAUAAAGGGAACAAAAGAGGAUGGAACCUGAGUGCCAAAUGCAUCAGAGGAUUAAAAGGGGGAGAAGAGAGUGAAGAAGAUGAAGACGUCCCCCCCCUUGGAAUGUAUUGCAAAUGUGACUUGUAGGAAACACGUUGGUGCAUUAGUCCAAUAGGAUUUCAAGGAAGGCAAUUAAACAAGUGCUCCUUUUUGUUUCACUUUUGAACUCAAAUGAAAAAGUUUGGGGAAACGAUGGCGGGAAUCCAUCUGUAUUUGUUUUCUUUAUCCGACUCGAACAAUCAGGAGAUGAACGCCGAGGCCUUCCGAAUGGAUUUUAAGUUGAAAGAAAGAGCACUAAUGGAAGGAUGGAAAUGUUGAAGCACUAUAAAGCCGUUUCUCACACUUGUCGUGAAGAUUUUGCCCGUUCUCACCGGGAUUCUCCAGUUCAAACACCAGAAUCCACCUCGCAGCUAAAUUUUGAAGUUAUGUUUACCACUCACAAAGGUGCCUUCGUCUUGUUUCCGCCUAUGUUCUGCCUGUGUGAUCAAAAUUGUUAAUACGUCAUUUUUGUACUGUUUGGACACUGGAAAUAUUUUGUAACAUAAUGUAUAUUUAUUUUUUAUGGUUCUAUGACACUGGAGUUCAAAAUCGGUCAAAUUAAAUAUGUUGAAUUUGUA